AUGCAAGGCGGCGUGAUCGAGCUCGCGAGGCAGGCGGCGGCCGCGGCGAGGGCCGAGCGAGGGGUGCGUGGUCCGGCCAGGCUGCCGGUGCGUAGGUACCGCGGCGUCAUGAGGCGGGGCGACAUGUACGUCGCCGUGAUCAUGGACGCCGCGGGCCUCCGCCCGGUGUGGCUCGGGUCGUACGCGACUCCCGAGGAGGCAGCGUACGCGUACGACGCCGCCGCGAGGAUCAUGCACGGGAACAAGGCCAAGCCCAACUUCCCCGAGCCCCCGGCGCCGGCGCCGGUGGCAGGGGGAGGCGGCGGCGUGCCGGCCGCCCACGCCGGGGUGCUCCAGCUGGUGGGGCACGCUCGCAUGCGUGCGCCGCUCUACGGCCAGCAGCCGGCGCCGCACGCCGGGGUGCUCCCGCUGGUGGGGCACGCUCGCAUGCGUGCGCCGCUCUACGGCCAGCAGCCGGCGCCGGUGGGCGCCGGAGCACAGCGUCAGGCGCUCUCCGUCCAGCUGGCACCACAUUUUGGGCCGCCCCCGGUCCCGUACCAUGGUGGAGCCACGCCGGCGUUCUCACAGUUUAUGUACCGUCCAGCUGCAGGUCCAGCGUUCGCCGCCGCCGCUGGUGGAAGCAACGGCGCAGGCUUCUAUGGUAUGGCUCCCAUGAUCGGCCCCGAGCCCGAGGUGCCCAUGCCCACCUAUGCAGCGAGGAGCGCACUGAGCAGCUCUAACAAGAAAAACAAGGCGGUUGUCGAUGCCUCGGCAGCCGCCGACCCAAAGCUGGUCAUUAUCAUCGAGUCUGAUUCUGACAGUGAGGCCGUGGUCGAGGAUAACUUCACCCCCGGCGACGGCGGCGCGUCCACCUCGUCUGCAGCGCGUCUGGCGGCGGUGCCUCCACUCAGGCUCAAGGAUCUGAUGGAAGCCUUCAGUUCGCCGCAGCGCUGA